UGCGUGAAACGGUAGUUCUGACUUUCAACUAAGCGGAACCAUGGCAAAGAGUCAACAAACCAACAAGGAGCUCACCGAGGUGUUUAACCAAAUCUGGUGCCUGGAUACCAACCGUCUCAGGCCGGGGACUGAUUACAUCAUUUCCCUCCAGGGCAAGGCAGGUUUUGUGGCUCAGGGCAGUAACAAUGCCAGAGACAUGGCCAGGGCUCCGCUCUUCAAAUAUGUUAAUGAAGCCAAGCUCAAGAGUAUCAAGACAUUUGCAAAUUUCAUCAGCUUGCUGGACAACUAUGAGGUGUCUACAGGAGUAGCAGAGACAGUUACUCCAGAGGAGCUUCAAGAGAACAGGCUCUUUAUCGAUUCCAUAAUGGAGACGGAUGUCAUGAAGUGUGCUCACAAGUAUCUGGUUAAGAAGGGGCAGUCGCCUGCAGACCCUGCACAGUUCAAGAGACAGCUGUAUGACAUCUGGUUCCGUCUCUACCACAGGGACAGGAGUGGAGGUGAAGAUUCCUGUGGAUUCGAACAUGUGUUUGUGGGAGAAACCAAGUUCGGCCGGGAGAUCAUAGGUCUUCACAACUGGGUCCAGUUCUACCUGCAAGAAAAAAAAAACCUUGUUGACUAUAAAGGCUACAAAGCAAGAGACAACAAAGCUACACCUGAUGAAGAUGACCAUGUCCUGAACCUGCAGUUUAGUUGGAAAGGCUUGGUGAAGCCAGUUUGCGGCUGCUUCAUCGGUGUCAGUCCAGAGUUUGAGGUGGCCAUCUUCACCAUCAUCUUCCUCAUGACGAAUGAGAAGAUGACAACUGUGGUGGCGAAAGUGGACGAGUACUUGCUGGAGCUGGUUGUUUAUCGGAAUGGGAAAUCCAUCGGCACGUCCUUCCCCAAACUGCUCAGCAGUAACAACAGGGAUGUGUAAUAUUACACAUUCACCUGAGCAGUCAGCUGUCAUGUACCAAAUUCUGUCUUAUGGAGUAAAUAAAAUUUCUUUCUUUA